AACGCAUUUUUAUCUCUCUUGAUAAUUUGUAUCGCAGGUGCGAUGAAACAAACGACAAUCGCGUAUCAUCGCGCAUGGUGACUCCGUUUUUUUCGUAAUCAAAAAGGGCGUCCACGCCUUUGAAAUGGGUACAAAGUACUACGUUUUCGGACUGUUUUUAGUUUUAAGUGUCAGUGUUGAGGGACAAUCUCCGAACAGAGACGUUGAAACUUUCAUACCUGAAGCUGAUCAGGAUCAAAGUUUGGCGCAGGUGGCGCCCGAUGAAUCACCGAAGGAAGAAGGAGAGUCGCCCGCGACGGAUGACAAAACAUACGAUGUAACACCUAGUCAUCCGCCGCCAGACAAAGGCUUAACAUCACCUGAACCUUCAUCUACAGACAACACUAACAACGGUAAUAGUAAGGAUGUAGUCUCAUCUAACAAGAACUUCAAAAAGAUUGGUCGAUCUGGGAAAUAUCUGACAUAUUCCUACGGUCCAGAUUAUGACCCGAUGACCUCAAACAUAGCCCCGCCAGAUCAUGACCAAAGGGGCUAUUCGGACCAACUCUACACCAUCACUGAACAGAGGCUGGCAGAGAUCAGAAAACUGUUCAUGUACCCCUAUUACAACGAGGGUGGAAACGCUGAUAACGAGGGGGAUUACCAGAAGGAAAUCCAAGCAUCCACACCACAAGUGCACAAGAAUUUCAACUUUCAGUUGCCCUUCUAUGGAUUCAGGUACAAUUAUACAAGGGUAUCUCUCAAUGGUUACCUAGAAUUCAGUGAUCCACCACCAAAUUACUACUAUCCACUAGUUUUUCCUGUUAAAGAUUGGCCUAAGAAGAACGAUCCUGCCUUUAUUGGUAUCUUUUUCAGCAAAUGCAGAGUCGGCAUGAAGAGAGACGGCGAAGUGGACCCUCGUCAGCCGGGCGUUUAUUUCCGCAUGGAACGAGACCUGAGAACGCGACAGGACCGUCUCGGAGUUGAAUUGAGGGAGAGGCUGAAAUGGGAUAUCAGGGAAGGGGUCAUCGGAUCGGAAUCGUUCAACCCCAAACAUGCUGUUAUCGUCACCUGGAAGAACGUUUCGUUCAAUGGAGGGUUUGCUAAUGCUUUGUAUACGACCAACACCUUUCAAACGGUGCUCGCGACCGACGAGGUCUUCACGUACGCGAUGUUCAACUACCUGAACCUGGACUGGACCAGUCACACUGAAGCAGGAGGUGACACGAUUCGAGGCGAAGGCGGUGUCACGGCCUAUGUCGGUUUCAACGGUGGUAACGGCACCAGAAGCUUCGAGUACAAACCGUACAGUCAGGAGUCGGUCAUCAGGGAUUUGACUGCCACAGGGUUCGCGAAUGGUUUCAAGGGAAGGCACAUAUUCAGGAUCGAUGAGAAUAUUUUGCUAGGGUCGUGUAACAAGGAUAUAGACGGUGCCAAUUUGCCGCUGGUCUUCGCUCCAGAGAGCGGUAACAUGUUAGGAGGCACUGUGGUCAACAUAACCGGUCCCUGUUUUCUUCCUGACGACCAGAUCCGUUGCAAAUUCGACGUGGCCAACGAGGUGCCUGGAUACGUAGUGGACAGGAAUAGGGCCAUCUGUGUCCAACCUAUGCUCUACGCCGAAGGUUGGGUCAACCUGCAGAUCGCCAGGAAUUCGGAACCGUUCAAGUGGAAGGGAAAAUACUAUGUUGAGUCCCCUUCUCAAGCCUCCCAGAAAAUCUACUUCCGCGACAUGAAGAUCCACGAGCGUUCCCCCAGCGAGAUCAGGAUCACCUGGGAGAAGCAGAACCUGACCACAAACGAGAACGCGAAUAUCCGCAUGUCCUUGUGGGGAUACAGAGAGACCACAAUCCGACCUACGUUCGUCUACAUUACAGACAUUGCGGAGAACAUUCAGAAUACGGGAGAGUACACGAUCAUACCAUCGCAGUUCAGGGCGAGGACCAACGAGUUUUUGACGGAUAUGAAGUUUGGCUUCUUGCAAAUCAACCUUACGGAGUCCAUUAAGGUAAACACGUAUACUACAACACAACGAAGCAUAGAGAUCACUCCGCUGGUCUGGAGCCGACCGCUCCCUCUAGGCUGGUACUUCCAGUUCCAAUGGGAGAACAUGUACGGCAAGAACUGGCCCAAGUACCUUUGCGACGACUGGCUCAGAACCGACAGAUACCUCAAGAACUUUGCCCACGAACUGGCUCAAUGUCCGUGCACUGUCCAACAGGCUCUCGCUGAUCGAGGAAGGUUCAUGCCAGAUUUCGAUUGUGACAAGGAUACGAACCCGAUAUGUUACUACAACAACCAGGCGUUGCAUUGUGUCAAAACUGGGGCACCCACGCUAGAAGGCUCCGAACAGCAAUGCUGUUACGACAAAAACGGCUACCUGAUGUUAUCCUACGAUCAGCAAUGGGGUUCCAGUCCACGAAGAUGCCACAAUCUCGGCAAGAUGCCUUACAACGAAGCCACCAAGGUGCCGACACUGUCGCAAUGGUUCAACGAUAUGGUGCCCAAGUACCUGUGCUGCCUGUGGCAGGAGGAACAGUCAGUGGGAUGCGAAACUCUCAGGUUUGAAAGACGACCGACGCAAGACUGCGUGGCGUACCAAGCCCCAGGUGUUGCCGGAGUAUACGGAGACCCGCAUUUUGUCACCUUUGACGACGUGGAAUACACGUUCAACGGCAAAGGGGAGUUCGUGUUGGUCAAGUCACGAACCCAAACUGACAAUUUGGAAGUUCAAGGUCGUUUCGAACAGAUGGAACCGAAUGCGUACGGCGAGGUAAAGGCAACGCAACUAACAUCAGUUGUAGCUAGAGGCAACGGUACCAUAGCAGUAGAAGUUCGCAGAAGACCUAUGGAUGCUAGAUGGAGAUACAGACUGGACGUCAUUGCAGACGGUAGAAGAUUGUUCUUUGAUAGGCCGUCCUUGAAAUUCCAGCAUUUUCAAGGUGUCACGAUCUAUACGCCAACAUACGUUCUGAACCAAUCUGAGGUCAUUAUUAUGUUCGAUAACGGCGCAGGAGUAGAAGUACUUGACAACCAAGGAUUCAUGACAUCCAGGGUAUAUCUACCUUGGUCAUUCAUUAACAAAACGGUGGGUCUCUUCGGCAACUGGAGUUUCAAGCAAGAAGACGACUUCACUUUGCCAGACGGCACCAAAGUAUCCGUAGCGACGAACAUCAACGAUAUGGAGCGCGUUUACAACGAUUUUGGUAAGAAAUGGAUGAUCGACGACGUUUUGGAUCCGCUGAAAGGUCGCGCGCUGUUCCACAGAGAAUUCGGAAAAAGUUCUUCGCAUUACAACAACAAGACGUUCAAACCGGAGUUCCAUAUGGUGCCAGAAGACAUUAUACCGGCGAAUAGAUCAGACCAAGUAGCCAGAACCUACGACAUCUGCACCACAAAAAUGUACGAAUGUUACUACGACUACGCCAACACUCUAAAUCGAGACCUGGCCCAUUUCACUCAAAACUAUAAAGCGACUAUAUAUCAACUGAAGGAGACGACCAGGACGAAAAUUGUGAGUUGCGGGGUGCUCGAAACUCCCAGGUUCGGAAGGAAGAGCACCUUCCUGUUCGUACCAGGUACCAAGGUCACUUUCGAGUGUAACCAAGACUUCGUGUUGGUCGGAGAUCCCAGGAGAGAGUGCCAGGCGGAUGGCACUUGGAAUAUUCCUGACUACGGAUAUACAGAAUGUCUACGUCAACAGGAAUACUCGUCCCGACAAGCGGCCACAACGUGGGGCAUAAUCCUUGCAGUUCUGAUACCGCUGCUACUCGUCGUCAUAUUCCUCGCGUUCAAAGGUUUUCAAAAAUACGAAAAAAUACGCCAGGAAGAACUAGAAUUUAUCCAAGAAGAACUACCUCGUUCGAAAUCACUCCGAAGUCUACGCAGCGUCCAGCGAUCUCCGAGUCUAGGUCGCUCAGACUCCGACGAUGACGAUCCACAAAGUCCGGUGCUAAGCGACGCUAGUUCGCUGGGAGGUAGAAGAAGGUACGACAGAACGUACAGGACUCACGAACCGUUGAAGAAUGCGCCACCCGUGAAUUUUAUAGAGCAACCUUGGGAUCCGAAUCAACCUGAUUUCUAUCCUGAGGAAAAACCUGCGCUACCAGGCAGUCCCGUGUCUAGCGUGCUGUACGCUCAACCUUACGAGAAACCCGCGGAUACGCUGCAAGAUAGCAGUCCUACGUACGCGGCUGGAUAUGCUGUGCCUUUGAAGAAGCCUAAAGAUCGGUUCAGCAGUCAAAGUAGUAUUGUUACCGACGUUUAAGUUUUAGUUCGAUUUUCAGUGAACCCGUUUUACAUUUGACAGUAAAUGUCCACGGAUUUUUUCAUUUUUGACGUCAAAUAAAUCUACGAAUUUCUUCGCGAAUUCCUUCACGAAUUAAGAACUUGUUCUGAUGUUUGUCAAGUUUUCUUUUCCAUUAUAUUGAACAAAUUUCAAUUCAAGUAUAGAACUUCGAUAGAACUACAGUUCAAGUUUCUGUUUAUAAGAUUCGCCUCAAAAUCAAAACUACAAUUAGACAUAGAAGCUCGAAAUGUUUCUAGUAAGAAUUUGUUGUGUGAUUGACAGCCCUGUGUACCGACAGGUAUGACGCAUAUAAUGGGUACACCAAUUUUUGUGGGAAAAAUUUGUAUUCGACAACAAAGAAUGAGAAAACGUGUUUUUUGGGAUUCAAUCGAAAGUGUUGGCAGGAACGAAAUAACUCUUCGAGUAAGAUUUUUAGGUAUUUAUGAGACCCCCAGAAUGAGACCACGUGUAAAAAGAUCCGACUAGUAGUAAAAAAGUUAUGGCCGAAAACAGAGGCAAGAUGCAGGUUUUACCACUUGUUGGUAAUGCGACAAUAGUUUCAUGCAGAUACUUGAAGUUCUUCAAAUUCCUGGGUUUCGUACUUCCAAUUUUGUUGUUUUCAUGCUUUUUUUUCCCAAAACACUGUAUUUUUAGCUGUUCUUUCCACCAUUAUUUCCUGCGCUAUCUGCCAUAUGACGUAGACGACUGUGCAUAUGUCAUAUAUGAGAGGCGCUUGCCUGCGGUGUUGCCGGAUUGGGCUCCGCACAUACGGAAAAAUAUGAAAAGCGGAAAAUUUGUAUACAUAUAUUAAUUAAUGAAUCACAAAAACGAAAAACUGAAACAAAAAAAGGGGC